AUGAAGACAUCCUCUAUUCUGACCCUGGCCGGUCUGUUGGCCACAGUCAAUGCUCAUGGAUACCUGACCAUUCCCUCAAGUCGCACUCGACUUGGAUUCGAGGCUGGCAUUGAUACCUGCCCUGAAUGCUCCAUCCUUGAACCAGUCGCUGCUUGGCCCGACCUUGAAGCAGCCCAAGUUGGCCGAAGUGGACCAUGUGGUUACAAUGCCCGAGUUAGUGUUGAUUAUAACCAGCCCAGUGCUCACUGGGGCAACUCCGUAGUCGCCACAUAUACCGCCAACGACAUUGUCGAAGUGCAAUGGUGUGUCGACAACAAUGGAGACCAUGGUGGCAUGUUUACCUACGGUAUCUGUCAGAAUCAGACACUAGUCGACUUGUUCCUGGAUCCAAACUACCUCCCAACCAAUGAUGAGAAACAAGCUGCCGAAGAUUGUUUCCUGGACGGCGAAUUGAAAUGUACAGAUGUUACUGGACAGACCUGUGGCUACAGUCCUGACUGCACUUCCGAUCAACCCUGCUGGCGUAAUGAUUGGUUUACCUGCAACAAGUUCAGCGCCGACACCAACCGCGGCUGCCAGGGCGUGGAUGGCGCCCCAUUGAACUCCUGCAAGACAACUAUCGCUGGUGGCUACACCGUUACGAAGAAGAUCAAAAUUCCCGACUACAACUCGGCACACACCUUGCUGCGUUUCCGGUGGAACUCAUUCCAGACGGCCCAAGCCUAUCUUCACUGUGCUGAUAUUGCUAUUGGGGGUGGUUCGGGUCCAGGAUCAACUUCGACCAAAACCACUGCUACGACUUUGACCGCUACGACGAGCAAAACAACCACAUCUACAUCCACAACCACCACCACCACCCCCGCAUGCGCUACUACUGCCGUCCCGGUAGCUUUCAACGAGCUAGUGACCACGGCAUAUGGCCAGAAUAUCUUCCUCACUGGGUCGAUUAGUCAGUUAAGCUCUUGGUCUACCACAUCGGCAAUUGCUCUAUCUGCAAGCUCAUACACAUCGUCCAACCCAUUGUGGACUACCAGUCUUACCCUUCCCGCUGGCACCACGUUUGAGUACAAGUUCUUCAGGAAGAACACCGAUGGUAGCAUUACAUGGGAAAGCGAUCCUAACCGGAGCUACACUGUACCAUCAGGCUGCUCUGGGACUGCAGCUACUGCAGGUGGAAGCUGGCGGUAG